CUCUUUCCAGACUAUAGUACACUCUGGAUGAUGCAAUCAGUAUGCAAUACAUGCAAGACACAAAUUCCAUUUAAACACUACCAAUACACAAAUCCCACAUUAACAGACACUCCAUCAGUUCUGGACAGAUGUUGUUUUUUCCUUAACGAAAGGAACCACAUUAUCUGCUUUGAAUUGUAUUAGAUGAGUCUACUCUACCAUAUGAUCCAGUUCAAAGCAGUUGAUCGGAAUUUUAUAUGGCAGUGUAGAAAGGACCUCAAUUUUUGGACAUUGCAAAAUACAGUAUUUCUGAGAUAUAACUUUGCAAAAUAGCUGUACAGUUCUGGCACGUGUUUGUAAUACAUCGGACAAUGGUCAAUUUGUGGGAUUUAGUAGGAACUCUGAUUUGAGGCACAUGAUUUAGUUACAAGGGCAUUGCAUAAUAUUAACUUUUGUUGUGAAAUGGAUUACUCUGGCACAGGUUUGGAGCAAAUCAGGCAGUGUUGAGUGUGGGAAGUCCCUUCCACACAGCUGAAUAAAAUCCCACAUUAACUGCUUUGAACUGGAAUAUAUGUCAGUGAUGACUCAGUGCUCUUCUACAAAGCCCUAUAUCCCAGAAUAUCAAGGCAGAAAAUCUCACAAUAUCUGCUUUGAACUGGGUUAUCUGAGUCCACAUUCAGUCCACCCGUGAUAUUCUGGGAUAUAUGUCAGUGUAGAAGGGCCCUCUAUCUCAGCAGCUCACCUUGUAAGUAGGAAGAAGCAGGAGGGAAGAGGAAAUGAUAUGAGAGAGAGGAAGGCAGCUGGAAUAGAUGGGUCAGUUGAUAGGACUGCAACAGUGAAGUCCGAUCUUACAAAUAUUGAUCAAGAAAAAUCAUAUAAUAUUUAAUUGGAUAAAUGCAAGAAUAACGAGAAAUUCCUUUGUCCUCUUAUAUCUGCCAUGAUGCAGGCCCAAAUGAAUUCUGUUGUUUAGUUACCUUUUGCAUGCAACAAACACAUCCAUCAUUGUAAGCUGCUGCUAAGUCUCUUUAUAGUUACACCUGCUUCUCCCCUCCCCAGUUGCUAUAGUGACUUCACACUGGAAGCUCUUGAGACAAGAUCCCAAAUGAUGAAGAGCAUACGAUCUUCCUCAACAUCUCGUCUUGUCAGACCCAUUUUGCUCAGCUUCUUGUAGAUUGUGUGUGGACUCUUUUUUUCUUUUUACUUACACAAAAGAUCACCUAAAAGUUGGGAAUAGUCUUCUAUAGGAUUUUCAUAGCUAAUAGGUUUUCCUGGAUUCCUGGCUGGAUCAGCAACUAGAAACUAGGCGACAUUGGUCUCUGUGUACUGCGUAUUUGUUAUUUUGCAAGGACAGAUUGGAAACCCGAACCUAAAUAUUUUUAUAUUGUCAGAGAUGGAUGCAGAGAAUUUGCAUAGACUGCCUGUUAUCAACAAUUAUAUGGAUGGAGCGCAAGUUGGAGCCACUGAAAGAACUGUACCAGGAAUGAUGCAUUUCCGAGACAGCAAAAGAAAAGUGGAUUACGUUUUAGCUUACCACUACCGAAAACGAAUCUCACACGUUGGGGAUGGUUCCCCAGGCCUCUUACACAGACCUCCGUCUUUGGCUAUCAUUUCUAAUGGGGAAACAGCCAAAACACAACCUGAACAACAACAGCAACGUAACCCAAAUGUCCCCUGUCCAGAUAGUGAAAUUGUUGAUUUGGGUCCACUGGAUGUAUUGGAGGAAACAAAGUGGGAACAAAGGAACCAGUUUGAGUCUAACCUGGUGGAAGCUGGACUGGAGAUAGAAAAAGAUGUGGAGAAAAAAAGCCAAGGACUGAGUUUUGUCCGGAUACAUGCACCAUGGAAUGUACUUAGCCGGGAAGCAGAGUUUCUUAAAAUAAAAAUGCCCACUAAAAAGACAUAUAAAAUAAAAGAAGAUGGAGGAAUUCUCAAGAAGAUGUCUGAAAUCUGGGACCAAUUUACAAAACCUUUACAGCCCAAAGUGCCACGGAGAAACAAUACAAGGAUGAAGAAUUUAUCCUACCCCUUUUCCAGAGAAAAAAUGUAUUUGUACAACAUUUCGGACAAAGACACCUUUUUUGACAAUGCAACCCGCAGUCGAAUAGUACAUGACAUUUUGAAGCGCACGUAUAGUACGAAAGCAAAAAACAGCAUGGGUAUUAACACACUAAUAGCAAACAAUGUAUAUGAAGCUGCCUAUCCGCUUCAUGAUGGUGAAUAUGAAGAUGAAAACAAAGAAAUGAAUGAUAGAAAGUUGCUGUAUCAAGAAUGGGCAAGAUAUGGAGUGUUUUACAAGUUUCAGCCUGUUGACCUCAUAAGGAAGUAUUUCGGAGAAAAAAUUGGAAUGUAUUUUGCCUGGCUGGGCCUGUAUACAGAGUUUCUCAUUCCAUCUUCUAUAGUUGGAAUCAUAGUGUUCUUAUACGGAUGUGUAACCAUUGAAAGUGACAUUCCUAGUAAGGAGAUGUGUGACCAUCACAAUACCUUUAUCAUGUGCCCGCUCUGUGACAAGAUCUGUGACUACUGGAACCUUAGCACAGCUUGUGCUACAGCACAGGCCAGUCAUUUAUUUGACAAUCCUGCUACAGUCUUCUUCUCCAUUUUCAUGGCUCUCUGGGCUACAAUGUUUCUUGAACAGUGGAAGCGUUUACAGAUGAGGCUAAGUUACUUCUGGGAUCUAACUGGUUUAGAAGAAGAAGAAGAAUAUCCGAGACCAGAAUAUGAAACCAAACUACUACGAAAGAAGUCAAGAACUGAAAAAAGCAAAAUAAUAAGUCAAGAUGAGGAUGAAAAAGAGAAACUGACUUGGAAAGAUCGCACCCCUGGUUAUCUGGUGAACUUUGCAUCUAUCUUAUUUAUGAUUUCACUGACAUUUUCGUUAGUCUUUGGUGUAAUUGUGUACCGGAUAACUACAGCAGCAGCACUGUCAAUGAGUCCCAAUGAAUCAACCAGGUCAAACGUCCGUGUGACAGUGACAGCAACUGCUGUCAUCAUUAACCUCGUUGUGAUUCUUAUCCUAGAUGAAAUUUAUGGAAUGGUUGCCAAAUGGUUGACAGAAAUGGAGGUACCAAAGACAGAAAAAGCUUUUGAGGAGAGGUUAAUUUUAAAGGCUUUCCUGUUGAAAUUUGUUAAUUCCUAUGCACCAAUUUUUUAUGUGGCCUUUUUUAAAGGAAGAUUUGUGGGUCGACCUGGGAAAUAUGUGUAUGUAUUUGCUGGUUACCGAAUGGAAGAGUGUGCUCCGGGAGGCUGCCUAAUGGAACUCUGCAUUCAACUGAGCAUUAUAAUGUUGGGAAAACAGCUGAUCCAAAACAAUGUUUUUGAAAUCGGAGUCCCUAAAUUAAAGAAACUGUUUCGUAAACUGAAGGAUGAGAGAUCUGGUACAAAACAAAGUGAUCUGAAUCUUUCUAAGCGACCUCAGCAAUGGGAACUGGACUAUGUCUUGGAACCUUUCACUGGGCUGACUCCAGAAUAUAUGGAGAUGAUUAUACAGUUUGGCUUCGUCACACUCUUUGUUGCUUCCUUUCCUCUGGCCCCAGUGUUUGCCUUGCUCAAUAAUGUCAUUGAAAUUCGGCUUGAUGCCAAAAAGUUUGUCAGUGAACUAAGAAGACCUGAUACAGUAAGAGCAAAAGAUAUAGGGAUUUGGUUUAACGUUUUGAGUGGCAUUGGAAAAUUUUCAGUUAUAAUUAAUGCAUUUGUCAUUUCUGUCACCUCUGAUUUCAUUCCACGCCUUGUCUAUCAAUAUGCAUACAGCUUUAAUGGAACUAUGCAUGGCUUCAUCAAUCACACCCUCUCAUACUUCAAUAUUAGUGAUUUUAAGACUGGAACACAGCCAGAAAACUCGCAGUUUCAUCAGGAAGUUUCCUUUUGCAGGUUCAAGGAUUAUAGGGAACCACCAUGGUCUGAAAACCAAUAUGAAUUUUCCAAGCAGUACUGGUCUGUUCUUGCUGCCCGUUUGGCAUUUGUCAUUAUUUUUCAGAACCUGGUAAUGUUCCUUAGCAUCCUCGUCGACUGGAUGAUCCCAGAUAUUCCCAAGGAUAUCAGCGAACAGAUCAAGAAGGAGAAGAGUGUGCUGGUUGACUUCUUCUUGAAGGAAGAACAUGAGAAACUGAAACUGAUAGAAAACUUUAUAAGGCAAGACAAGCAAAAUAGGGGUGACAGAAAAGAAAGGAGAAAUCGGGCUGCCAGUUUUUGCCAGUUCAGGCACAAUAAGCGAGGCAGUUCUACAUCUUCUAGUUCGCAGCAUACAGAUGUGUGAUCCCAAAAGGGUAUAUUUACUGCAGAUGAAUGAUUGACUCCCUCUCUACAGAGAACACUGAGAACUGCAGCACCAUAAGUGGGGCUUAACUUUAUGUGCCAUUACUCUCAUCUUGCUGCAAUUCCUAGUAUUCUGUCAGGAAGGAGGUCAUGAGCAUUAAACUAGUAUAAAGCAGAAUAUCCAUCUAUCUAUUAGGAUUGGGGGGAUUUGACUGCUGAAUCCCCGUAAAUGAGCCUGGCAGCCAAAGCCUUAGCUGAUACGGAUCAGAGUAGCCAGACCUUUUUGGCUAAUGGCGGCUAAUGGAGCUGAGUGGCCUUCUAUCUGAGGCAGAGGUUGCAUGUGGGCUGGGCAGCCUCGCAAAUCAGGCAGCUCUUCCCCUUUUUUCUUCCCUGACAGUCUCCUCCAUCCCUUCCCGAAGCCCCCCACUCAGUGCCCACUUGAGUUAAGUGGGAAUUCGCUUUCCCUGCAGCACUUUGUGCAGCGUGGGCAUUGAAGGAGCCUCUGUGCUCCCUCAUGGGGCAUGAUGAGAGUUGUGGUUUCUUUCUCUCUGUACUUCUCACUUUCUUUUUCAAUAAGAGGCCUGGUUGACUGUAUCCAUUCUCUUCCCCUCUCGUGGCAUGCCCUUAGGACUUGAAUUCCCAGAAACUCCUCUUGUGGUUUUUUAAUAAUAAUAAUAAUGAUAAUAAUAAUAAUAAUGAUAAUAAUAAUAAUAAUAAUAACUCAGCCGCUAUCAGGACAUCAAGAUUGAACUUCAAAGACU